AAAUGGGGGACGAAUACGACAAUGACAACGAUUUCGAAGAGGACUAUCAAGAGGCCGAUGAGCCCGAGGAGUUGGAGGGUAUGAACGACGAGGAGGCCGACGGAGACCAAGAGAAUGUGGAGAUUCUGCCCGCGGGUGAAGGUACGGGAGAGGGCCAAAAAAGUGCCAAAAGAGUGACCACCCCCUACAUGACUAAAUAUGAACGCGCCCGGGUCCUGGGAACCCGGGCCCUGCAAAUUGCCAUGUGCGCUCCGGUGAUGGUCGAGUUGGAAGGCGAGACGGAUCCGCUGCAGAUCGCUAUGAAGGAACUUAAACAGAGGAAGAUUCCCAUUAUCGUCAGACGGUAUAUGCCCGAUGGGAGCUACGAAGACUGGGGCAUCGACGAAAUGAUCAUUGUGGAUAUGUAGAAUAUUGGAUCUCGUGCAUUUUCCCUUGUUGUAAUCACUCCAUAUAACCAAUAUAUACGCUCAACAAGGA